CAGUUCUCGUUCUACGCUUCUGCCUAGACAACAUACAAUGUAGUUGAUUUGAGUUAGUUUAAAAUUAGAAAGGCGACGUUUCCUCUCAAAUGCAUCGUCGAUAUACUGGAUUAAAGGCAUUGAUGUGAAUUUGCAAAAAUGUUCCCUGGAAGUAAAGUUUCAAACGACAACGCCUUUUGGCCAUGCAUUGGAUUAACAGCUCUUAACGUCAACAGUUCUGGCGGGUUUGGUGGCAAGAGACUGGUAAUGCCAGAGCGGAAACCCCAGAACCAGUUUACAGGGGACGGUCUCCAAGGCUCGGUACCAUCCUCGCCUGGGUCGGAUAUCGAGGAAGUAGAUGCUUACACGUCCCUUGCUGUGGAAACACGAGAAAUUAUUGACAUUUUCUUAAAAAACUUUACUGGACUCCCUCAUUCUAAAAUGGGAAAAAAACAGGUUCUGUCAACGAUGAAGAGGGUUGUGGAAAGUCUCGUGGUAAAGCACGAAAUCGCUUACAAAGGUAUGAUUGCACGUCUGAAUCUGGAGCAGAAUGGAGAAGAUGUGAGUUUCAUCAAGACUCUGGCAACAGAAAUCUUCAGCGAUGGCAUCACAAACUGGGGGCGAAUUGCCAGCUUGCUGACUUUUGGGGCAAUUGUGUGCAAGCAUCAGAAUGACAGAGGACUUAGCAAGUGUGUGACUCUGGUGGGGGAAGAGAUCUCCUCCUAUCUUCUCACAGCCCAGCGGGACUGGCUGCUCAAAAACAAAGCAUGGGAUGGCUUUGUGGAAUUUUUUCAUGUCCCAGAUACAGAGGGGGCUGUGAGAAACACACUGAUGGCCAUUGGUAGUGUGGCUACAUUCGGAGCUGCACUUGCUUAUUUGAUACGGUGAAUCUACCUGGACUUUGUAAAAGAAAAGGACUUUUUUGAGAGAGAAAACAGUUGGAAUUCAUGUUUUUCUUUUCAAUCUCAAACAAUGCUUUUUGUAUGACUUUGUGCUGUAGAUAAAAACUAUUUUUUUAUUAAAAGUGAAAUUUAAAGUCA